CUGUUAGGUUCUGAUGCAAGCUGGUGGGUCUUGCGCGAUGAUUAUCGUCUUCCAUCAGAGGAAGAAGUACGGUACCUCGUAUCUCCUGAAGAUUGCUGUGCCUUUUACAGCAUGCAAGCUGCUGAAUUAAGGCUAAAAGAUGCAGGCUAUGGAGAGAAGUAUUUAUUUGUGCUCGACGAAAAUCAGGAGGAUGAUGAGGAGAAAGAAGGCCAGCCCAAAAUGGAAGAUGAAGUACGCGCUGCACCUUGGCAUACCACACGCGCUUAUUUGGCUUCUCAACGCGGCGGCUGUUUUCUUGAGCUCCAUGGUGCUGCUGACCCUACUGGCUGUGGUGAGGCCUUCUCCUACUCACGGACCUCAGCUAAACCAGGUGCCCUAUUCCGACAAGCAGGAGGAGAGGCCGCACGAAAUCUACUACAGAAGAAGGGACGCACUGCAGUUACUGGAACCGAUGCCGAUUUGCGUAAACUCCAUCUCAGAGAUGCUAGGGCAAUACUUCGUUCUUAUGGUUUGAAUGAAGCUGAUCUCAAAACCUUUAAACGGUUUGGCAUUUUUCUUGUACCCAUUUCGCAUACUAACUACUGA